GCCGAUCCUUCCAACGGUCAACAUAUACCAACACUACUAGCUACCUACCCAAGUACCGGCUCCAUAAAGUCAUGAUCUUGUACGGAAACUGCAAUGUACUAUGUAAGAUAAACAUGCCUAAGGUACCAUCCAUUGGCAGCUCAACAAGGCGCAGGCCCUUACGUUCCCAUCUGUGCGACUUAUACUAUGUCGAAUUAGAUCAUAUUAACAGAAGCGGUAACGCUAUCGCUCGGCGGUCUUUUGUUUCUUCAUUUUCGUCUUAUAUAUAGUACGUUGGCUUCGCUUAGUCCUACCCUACAGUGGUAAACGGUUCUUUACUACGUCUCUCCAGCAGGCAACUUAUGAGGGGAUCGAUGAUAAAGCUACUAUUUCUCCCACGACAAAUCAAGCCCAACCAAGGUCCAGAAUUUGCCUAUGGCUGCCGCCUCCUCUAAGACUCCUCUCGUGUCUGGGCACACCGAGGAGAAACAAGCUACCCUAUUCGCUGACCUCCCGCCGUACUCAGACCCUACAACGGGAUUCGUGUCACGACUUCCACGGUCAUGGAUUCCCUAUGCUCAGCUCAUGCGUCUGGAACGGCCUGCCGGCCUGUAUGCCUUCUAUUUCCCCUACUUAAUCGGCCUCAUGUACGCUGCAUGUAUCGCCCCUACCGCUCCUGAGCCUCUUGUAUUACUACGACUGGCGGCGAUAUUCUUGCCCAUGAAUAUCCUCCUACGUGGCGCUGCUUGCUGCUGGAACGACACCGUCGAUCAGGACUUCGAUAGACAGGUAGAGCGCUGUCGCCACCGGCCCGUGGCGCGCGGUGCCGUCUCGACUACCUCGGCGCACAUCUUCACUCUGGUGCUGCUGGUAGCUAUCUACCCCAUCUUGACCCUGUUCCCGUCGGGGUGUAAAUUGCACAUGGCAAUCAGCGUGGUGCUGUUCUUCGUCUACGCACUCAUGAAGCGCGUGACGUACUAUCCCCAGGUCUUCCUCGGGUUCCCCUUCGCGUGGGCUAUUUUCUUCUGCGCCGCCUCGCUAGACGUCGACCCGUUCGGCGUGUACGCCGCUCCGACAUGCGCUCUUUUCGGCGCCAAUGUCUUGUGGACUAUCAUCUACGACACCAUCUACGCGCACCAGGACGUCAAAGACGACGAGAAGGCUGGUGUCAAGAGCAUGGCCUUGCGCUUCCGGAACAACACCAAAUUCCUCGCGAGUACUUUGGCUGUGGGCAUGGUCGUUCUGCUCACGCUAUGCGGUGCGUGGACGGGCAGCGGCACGCUGUACUACGUUGGUACCGUGGGAGGCGUUGCUGCAGCUAUGACGUGGUAUAUCUACAGCGUAGACCUGGGGAAUCCGCAGAGCUGCGGCGCUUGGUUCCAUGACCAGUUUUGGAUCGUUGGUGGCGCUCUGAUGGCUGGGUUUACGGCUGACUAUUUGUGCCGUGCGGCAGACGAGAUAACCCGACGUUAUUAGUUGCGGAAAGGAAUAUAGGGGUAUGUAGGACGGCUGGAAAAAGCGAAGUAAAGCAUAUCACGGCGGUUCUGGUAACGUGAAUAGGGAUGGCAAAAUAGCCUCCUAUGUGGAUAAUGAUUCAACCUCUGUUACCUCUGCAUCUUGUUGGUCUCUACAGUACCGCUUAAGUCAAGGGCGUAUGGCAUUUACCAGGUACCGUGGUACUACCUAAGGAGGUACCUAGCAAAAUGUUAGAACUUGAAAUAUAUAAACCAUAUUAUUCUUCAAAUACCAGUCCGCAAUUAACCGACACUGUAUGUUGAUCG